UCUCUGUUCUUUAACCACAUAUUUGAUUGAAGUACAAACGUAUAAUACAACGUAUAGCCUAUUUAUUAUGUUGUGGAACUUAAAACAUUACAAUGGAAAUUCUAUUUCUGAUAGUGUCUCUAAUAUUUCCAGUCUUAGCAACGCCGGCCAACAAGAGCUGCCCAGUUGAAAAAGUUCGGAACUGUUCCGAUUAUGAGUCCAUUUCGCUUGCACGUUUUCACGCAUUCCUACCCAAAACUGAAGAAGAAAGUUACUGCAAACGAGUCGUGGCUGCCUUGCAGUGUGCAGCAGAGAGCACGGAGAACUGUUCGCUGUACGAGACUUUGCUGUUCGAUACACAGAGAGGUGUCAUUGAUAUGAUAUGCAACAGUCGGAAACAAGAGUUUACAAAGAGUCAGGCUUGCUUUAGUCAACUGGAAGUGAAAGAAGCCGUCAUUAAAAAGUGCAUGUCAUCAGUACCACCGACACAGAAUUUAAAGAAUCCUUGUGGAAACCUAUUACUGGCCCCAACGUGUGCACGAGACACGUUGAUUGGUAUUAAAGGAUGCUCAGAAUCGGAUGCUGUGUACAUGUCUGACCUGGUCAAGGCGUUCAUUAAACCAACGGUAGACAUCUUCAAAUGUCCUGUUUCACUGGACAGUAUUGCUCCAACAGUCACAGAGAAGCCUGCCGAGACAAAGGCAGUAUCUAGGUCAACAACCAGCGUCCCUAGCGUCCAUGUCGAUCUUCGUCACGUGAUGGUACAAACGGACAACAAGCUCUCGUACAUUCUCAGCGCACUGCAGCCACAGGUCGAGAUCAAGGGCGUGCAGGGGUGUGCCAGAGAUGGGCCCAUCGUUCAGGUCAACAACUUCAUCUUUCUCAACAGCUUACUGCCAAACGUGAGCAGUACUCGGACUUAAAGACAAAGAUCCAGUGAUUGGUACUAAAGGACACCUAGUCUUACAUAGUAAAGCUUUUGACAAAAGAACAUGUUCUUGUCCUAAUGCGCACCCAACCUGGUUUAUUUCCCCCUGUUCCUAUUCAUGUAUUGCCUCUAGUCUUCGCAACAUUUGCAGUCCAAAUCUCGAUGCUUCUUAAAUGUCCUUCGCCUGUUAGCUUUUGUCUUUUACGUUGCAUGCUGGGACGUCUUAGCAAGUCUCAGGGAUCUAGUCCCAAGAACCAAUGACUAUGAUCUCUUUUAUAUAAGUUAACUCUUUCUCUCCGUAAAUAUCUUUAUUGUUUCGAUAGUAUUAUUUAUCUUGCUCAAUUGUAUUUAACUAUCCUGCUAUGAUUAAACUUCAAUGACUUUUUCUUUAGUAUCAGAACUUUUUCUUUGGUAUUGAAUUAUAGGAGAAGGCAUGCUCUUUUUUACACAACACAAAUUACAAGUUUAUAAAUCCAAAAUCAAUUUAGCUUAAUGGGGGUCAAAACAACGUUGGCAUUGUCAAUUAGGAGAGAAAGAGUUAAACAUUUUGUCAGGAUAUCUAUGUCAUAUACAUUUUCAAAUGUGACAUUUCAGGUAAAUAAAAUGAUUGCACAUUGAGCACCUCUUGAAGAACUAAAGCUUGUAUUCAACCAAAUGACAAGAGUUGAAAAGGAAGAGUACAUUAAUUUUAGCGAUACUUCCAACUACUCUGUUCCUAACAAUUUUGUUAUAGUUAGAAUCUUGUUUAAUUUUGUAUUACACUCUUGCAGGCUUCAUGUCCCAUUCCAGAAUCUUGAAUAACAUAGUAAUCAUUGAUAACAUCUAGAUCCUGUUAACAUCUAGAUUAUUCUCUGUAAACAUUUAGAUCAUUGUCUUUAAACAUUUAGAUCAUUCUCUGUAAAAAUCUAGAUCAUUCUAUGUAAACAAUUAAAUUAUUCUCUGUAAACAUCUAGAUCAUUCUCUAUAGACAUCUUGAUCUUUUAAAUACAAUAAAUAAUGAAUCAAGGAUACUAUUUUGUCUGUUCAUAUUUAUGUUUAUGAAUAUACUUGUAUUUUGUUUGAUUAAAAUAAGAAAAAAUGUUAA